CGGAUCGAGUUAUCCCAAAAGUUGCGAUGGACAAAGGAUUGACAAACGAAGUGGAUGUUCUAGGAUUAAUGGAGUACAUACCAAACUCAUCGAUGCCAUCGGCUAACAUAACUCCCAAGUCUCGACCUACUGUGGAGGAGAAUUACAACACAAACCAUAAGUAUCGAGGGCUAGCGUUGAUAUUCUGUAAUAUGGAGUUUCAGAAAGAGUUGAAAAUGCCAAAACGAGUUGCUACAGAAAAAGAUCGUGACGACAUAUGUGAUGCAUUGAAGAAUCUGUCUUUUAAUGUAAAAGUGAACAAUGACCUGAAUAAGGAGGAAGUGCAGAAAACUUUGAAGGAGUGGUCCCAAGCAAAACACCACAUAGACAAUGACUGUCUGGUAGUGGUCAUCAUGACCUACGGUGGAAACGGAUUCGUCUAUGCCAAAGAUGGAAAAUAUGAAGUGGAUACACUGUGGAAAAACUUUGUCGGGAAUGCGUGUCCUUCGCUUAUAGGAAAACCAAAAAUAUUCUUUAUUCAAGGGUGGGUGUUAGAAGGGAAAAAAUAUAACGAUGUCAAGGACUCUUCACUUAAAUUGAAAGACUGUAUGGCUAGUGAGCAUCAAAAACCACCAUUUUUUAUUCCAACGUGGGCGGAUUUAUUGAUCAUGGACAAUGGUCCAAAUACAUGGGAGGAUGACCUGACUGGAUCUUGUUUAAUCCAGUCGCUUUGUAAGGAGCUUAAAGAAUAUGAUGCAAGUUGUGAACUGCUGACACUUUUAACGAACGUUAUUCGGAGAACAAUCUAUGGAUAUACAUUGUCCGGGUCUAAUAACAAGCCAGUUCAAAUGCCCUGUAUGAUUUCUAUGCUUACCAAAUCUUUAUACUUUAUCAAAAAAGAUAACAUUUUAGACGAUCGUAAUUCUUUGAAAGAAUAA